AUGGAUGCGAAUGGUCUGUCCGAUCCCUAUGUGGUAUGCCAGAUAUUGCCCAGUUCACACAAUAGUCCUCGGCCACGCACGUCCACAAGACCGCAAUGUUUGAAUCCGGUGUGGAACGAAGCUCUCACAUUCGAACCUUUCGAGGAGAAAAAUAUGCACCAGAAAACACUCAGAUUUGCCGUGCUUGAUGAGGAUUUGUACGGAUCAGAUUGGCUCGGGGAAUACUGGUUGUCUUUGAGUCGUUUAACAUCGGAUCGACUGACUGACUUUGCCGUGCCCCUUGGCCCGAGGAAACCUUUACAACGCGGUGAAUUCGACCUGGCCUGUCCAACACGUGGAAAAAUUCAGCUCGGACUGCGUUACAUCGAAGAAAGUAAACAGCUGUGCGUUGAGGUGAUUCGUUGCUCAGAUCUGGCAUCUAUGGAUCAGAACGGUCUGUCGGAUCCAUUCGUGAAGUUAUAUCUCCGUCCGGACAAGACAAAAAAGACCAAACAAAAGACCCAAGUGAAAAAGGCUACUCUGUUUCCCGAAUUUCAUGAGCAAUUCUUCUACGAAAUGAAUGCGUCUGAAGCCGGGAGUCGAACACUUGAAGUGACCGUAUGGGAUUUUGAUCGCGGACCCAGUAACGAUUUUAUUGGUGGUCUAACACUGGGAGCGGGUGCUAAAGCGGAACGUCGGGAACUAUGNGCUCGCAGUUUUUCGUCCACCCUUUAG